AUCAUUUAUUCACUACUGACUGAGUUCUUCACACACAAGGAUCAUGUCAAGCUCACGAAGCGCCUUAGUAAUAACUUUUGAAGCAUUAUGCUUCAUUGGCUUUAUUUUACUUUUACCGUUUGCCUUACCUGUUUUGCUCGUAUUACGAAUUUACCGACAUACAAUGAUGCACUUGAUCAAAGAAAAGCAUAAGGACGAUGAUAUAAUUUUUGUUACCGCUGAUGAUUCGAUCUGGUUACAAGACUCGAUAGAGAAUCGAUCAAUCAUUCAUAGCGUUAUUAAAGUCCUUGGUAAACCGGAUGUUGAAAAGUAUAAGAGUAUAUUUAUGAAUAAAUUAAUUAAUCAAGACACAAAGACAGUUAAAUAUGAAAAGUUGGUCAGGUAUGCGACAAAUUUAAAUGGACGAUUUGUUUGGCUGAAAGAAGGAGAUUUCAAGGUUGACGAACAUGUGUAUAUGUCUAAAGAGAAGGAGGGGCAAAAUGAAACGGAAACGUUUCAAAUUUUAGCGGAUAUGGCUUCUAAACCCUUAAAACCGAACAGAGCUAUGUGGGAAUUUAUUGUACUGCCGCAAUACCAAGAGAAUCAAAAACACCACUAUUGCCUCUUCCGAAUUCAUCACAGCGUAGCUGACGGCGUGGGCCUCACUCAGAUAUUUUUUGAAGAAAUUACUGAUAAAAUACCGAAGAUGAUAACUAAAGGAGGGGGAUUUGGUACUAAAUCAAUGAGUGUUGAGCAGAUUGUUAAAGCUAUCUUCCGGGGACCUGCUAGAAUAUUUGAAAAACUAUUCUUUCCCGCCGACAGUCACUGUUUACACGGACCGAAAUUAACAGGAGUGAAAAACUUGGCUUGGAGUGAACCAGUUGAUCUAGCCCUUAUUAAAGAAGUAAAAGAAGCCACUGGAACAACUGUUAAUGACGUUCUCAUGGGGUGCUUGGCAUUGACUUUCCGAGAAUAUUUUGAAAGAUUCUCCCACCUAGUCCCUAAGGAAAUUAAAUGCUACGUUCCGGUGGAUUUGAGAAAGAAGGAUAAAUGUGCUGCAAUGGACAAUCAAUUCUCUCUCCUAAUCUUCCCUAUGCCUAUAGAUUUAGAGGUUGAAAAUCAUUUAGAAUAUGUUAAAGAAGUUAAGAAAAGGAUGGAUGAACUUAAAAAUUCACCUGAUCCAAUUGUAGGAUCUCUUUUCCUUAGAUAUGCUAUGUCUCGAUUCCCUAAAUGGGUAACGCAAAAAGUAUUUGAUUUCCUUGCCGCAAAAUGUACAAUGGUGCUAUCCAACGUUCCUGGACCUGCAGAGAGAAUUAGUAUUGGUGGCGAAGAAGUUGAAGGAAUGAUAUUCUGGCCUCCACAAAGAGCCAACUGCGGCUUAGGAGUGUCAGUCUACUCAUAUGACAAUCAGGUUCGCUUAGGAAUAUUCGUGGAUAAAACUUUGACCUGCAAUCCUAAAAUGCUAACGAACAUGUAUCUUAAACAUCUUAACAGACUGGUUGAACAAGUCAGGGAGCUGAAGAAAGUAAAGAACGAAUAA